AUGCAUAUGGCACCUGCUAGUGGCGUCUUCGUGAAAACGUUCCUUCUCUGGCUUGCUGUCGAAUUCGGCGUGGCUUCACACGUGCAUCAGUGUGCAGAAUUGUGCACCUCCUCGGCAAUACCUAAACCAGACACUCGGUUUCUGUGUUGCACUCGCCGUGGACGCUUCGAGCAUCUCUGCAACAUAAAAAGUCCGUCCAUUCAAAGCUACACUCUUUACCACGGCAGGUAUUUCAACUUCAAGACCCUAACGGCGAGUUCCCUCAGACAAGCCAGACGUGGUAGUUCUCAGCCGAUGGCCCGAUUCUUCAUCAGGAAAAGUGCGAUCGAACGCAUAGAAACCGGAGCUUUCACUGAAUUGCCACAUCUACGCUUCCUAAGCUUAACGUGCAAUUCUCUGAGCUUCAUCGCCCGGCGCAGUUUCGAAGGAUUGAUCCACCUUACAGUACUGGAUCUGAGAAGAAAUUACUUGCCCUUCCUCCUUCCUGGCGCUUUUGCAAAUCUGGAAAGUCUAACGCAGCUGUACCUCUCUCACAACGAACUGAAAGUCAUGCCGAUUAUAACAAGAGGAUGUCAGCUAGCUUUAGGAGAGGCCAUGUUCCUCGACUUGAGUCACAAUCACCUGACAUUCAUGUCAAGCCGUGAGCUGGAUCGGGUGAGCGGGGCCUACCUCCAGUUGGACCAAAACCCUUUCCGAUGUGACGAAGGCUGGGACUGGUUCACUCGCCACAUGGCCAACUCCUCGCGAAUCUUGUGUUUCAAGUCGGUGACUUGCGGACCGCCCCCGGACCUGCAUGCAUCAACGACAAGCUUGAGGGUUAAGAUUCUCGAUGUCCCCGACACCAAGGUGAGCCAAGCUGUCUUACUAGAAGUUGCCAUACCCUUUGCCGCUCUACUUUUGCUUGCCUUUUGCUGUGCUAUCAUCAAAAUCUGUCUGAGUAAACAGGCUGCUAUGGACCCUGUGGCCCACCCUGCACCUGAAAGCGGUCACUCCGAAAAUGACUACGAGGAUGGCUCGCGCGACAGCCCUGUUGAGUUGAAAGAGAUGCGGGGUCGACGUUACGCGGACUGUUCGUACGACAGCAGCCACCACGUGAGCCGAACGCAGCGCACCGCGCCCGUACUGGCCAAGGCCAAGUUUGAGAACCGCCGCAACGUUGACGACAGCAAGCGGCCACAACAGCCACCCAGCGCUACAACCUGUGCCAUUGUCCAUGACGUGCCGAACACAGACAACAGUGGUCCUCAGCCGGCAGAAGACGGCACGGCAAGUCCUGACCGCGAGUUCCACAUCUACGACAACGACAUGGACUUGCAAGACGGCCUCGUCGCGCACCAAGAGGAUCCGGACGAAGAAAACCAUGAGUACGACUACUGCACCAACCACGAAGGAACUAUCCAGACCCUCCGCCUCGUCAGUUGGAAAACUACCGACGACCAGGAAAGCGAGGUGCAAGAUCACAACCCCGCCUAUCCCGGAGGCAUUCGAGACGGCAGUCUUAAAGAAGAGCCGGCUGGCCAUGACCACAAUCCUACCGUGCAGAAAGCAAAAGAAUUUACCCACCCGAGUGAAGAGUGUACGGAUGGCAGGAGCAACCAACGAGAGGAGGAAAACCCACCUCCGAUUCCUCCCAAAAAGGCCGCGAUGACCGCAGACGAAGGUAUGUCCAACGAAUUCGGCGGGGCAAACGUCUGCACCUACAUGGCCAUGAGGGGGAACGACCUGUACGAAGCUGCAGGCACCGACAACAGCCGUGAGGAGCCGGGUGGACAGCGCUGUUUGUUGUUUAUCGAGAAGGAAAGUCCUGAAACAACCCUUCCUCCCACUUCAACGUCCGGUAACGUGGACCAGUCUACAACUGAGCGGGUUAAGAUUCUCGAUGUCCCUGGUGAUACCAAGGUGAGCCAAGCUGUCUUACUAGAAGUUACCAUACCCUUUGCCGCUCUACUGGUCGCCUUUUGCUGUGCUGUCAUCAAAAUCUGUCUGAGUAAACAGGCUGCUAUGGACCCUGUGGCCCGCCCUGCACCUGAAAGCGGUCACUCCGAAAAUGACUACGAGGAUGGCUCGCGCGACAGCCCUGUUGAGUUGAAAGAGAUGCGGGGUCGGCGCUACGAGGACUGUUCGUACGACAGCAGCCACCACGUGCGCCGAACGCAGCGCACCGCGCCCGUACUGGCCCAGGUAACGCCCGCCACAGACAACCGCCGCAGCGUUGACGACAGCGACCAACCACCCAGUGCCACAGCCUGUGCCAUUGUCCAUGAUGUGCCGAACACAGACAACAGUGGCCAUCAGCCGGCAGAAGAUGGCACGGCAAGUCCUGACCGCGAGUUCCACAUCUACGACAACGACGUGGACUUGCAAGACGGCCUCGUCGCGCACCAAGAGGAACCGAACGACCAGAACCAUGAGUACGACUACUGCACCAACGACGAAGCAACUUCCCCGACUCGCCGCCUCAUCAGUUGGAAAACUACCGACGACCAGGACAGCGAGGUGCAAGAUCACAACCCCGCCUAUCCCGGAGGCAUUCGAGACGACAGUCUUGAAGAAGAGUCGGCUGGCCAUGACCACAAUCCUACCGUGCAGAAAGCCAAAGAGUUUGCCCACCCGAGUGAAGAGUGUACGGAUGGCAGGAGCAACCAACGGGAGGAGGAAAACCCACCUCCGAUUCCUCCCAGGAUGGCCGCGACGACCGGACACGAAGGUAUCUCCAACGGAUUCGGUGACGAAAACGUCUGCACUUACAUGGACAUGAGGGGGAACGACCUGUACGAAGCUGCAGGCACCGACAACAGCCGUGAGGAGCCGGGUGACAUGUACGGUACGGAGGCAGCCCAGUCAUCCCAUGGCACGCCACUCCAACCCCCGAGCUCCACCAGGGUCGGCAGUGCCGACGACCUGUACGGAGCUGGAGAGGUCGGAUUUUACUAG